AACGCGAACGCCACGGUUAACAUCAACAGCAUAUAAGUAAAUAACGCUGCCGGGUUGUACUAUUAACAGUUUGUACCUAAUCAAUUAUAAUUAAAAACAACAAUGUUUUAUCAUAUAUCUUUGGAGCACGAAAUCCUGCUGCAUCCAAGAUACUUCGGUCCACAGCUUAUCGAAACGGUCAAGCAAAAACUGUACACAGAAGUCGAAGGGACAUGCACCGGAAAGUACGGUUUCGUGAUAGCGGUCACCACGAUCGACGACAUUGGUUCCGGUGUCAUCCAGCCAGGCCAGGGCUUCGUGGUUUACCCGGUCAAGUACAAGGCUAUCGUAUUCCGUCCCUUCAAGGGUGAAGUGCUGGAUGCGGUAGUUACACAGGUCAACAAGGUAGGAAUGUUUGCCGAAAUCGGACCCCUGUCCUGUUUCAUCUCCCAUCACUCCAUUCCGGCCGACAUGCAAUUCUGCCCGAACGGCAAUCCGCCCUGUUACAAGUCGAAAGAAGAAGACGUCGUUAUUGCGCUGGAGGAUAAAAUUCGACUGAAGAUUGUCGGUACGCGGGUGGAUGCCACUGGUAUUUUUGCUAUUGGAACUCUGAUGGACGACUUCUUAGGAUUAGCUUGCAGUUAGUCAUUUACGCUACUUGUUAGUGUGUAAACUAAUAACAUAACUUUAUUUUAUAAAAUCUUCGCCC